AUGAGCAAAAGCACGGAUCCAAAGGCUCAAUGGGAUAAAUUUAAAGGUACCGUGAAUAACAUGACUCUGAACAACGUUCAAUUGGGUUCGUACAUGAAGGUUAUUGAGGAUAUGGAUAACGCAGUAGGCCAGAGAGGAAGAGAGCUUGUCAACAAGUGGCACGCUGCCCAGGCUACUUUCGCAGUCUUCAUCGCCAACAACUUCACUUCGGAAUACAUUGCUGCCGUUGGCGCCAUGGACAAUAUCGUGAAGAAAGCAACUUGA